AUGGUGGAUGAAAUAUCCAGAAGGAAAUGUGGGGUUCUUGGCGGAACAGGCUCCGUUGGCCAACGAUUUAUCCUCCUUCUUGAAAAACAUCCUUACUUGAAGCUUCAAGCCAUAGGUGCCUCGUCCCGUUCAGCUGGCAAGAAGUAUCGGGAUGCGGUUCGGUGGAAGCAGGCCUCUCCGCUGUCUCCCGAAGCAGCGGAAAUACUGGUAACCGAGUGUGAGUCUCAUCAGUUCAACGAUUGCGACAUCAUUUUUAGUGGCCUGGACUCUGAUGUGGCUGGUGGUAUUGAAAUGAAUUUCCUCAAGGCUGGAUUCCCCGUCUUCUCAAAUGCCAAGAACCACCGCAGCAACCCUCUUGUGCCUCUGGUUGUUCCGACAGUCAACCUUUCACAUCUGGACCUGAUCCCCCACCAACAAUCUGCAUUCAACUUGUCCAAGGGCUUCAUCGUCUGCAACUCGAAUUGUGCCGUCAUAGGACUUGUUUGUCCACUAUCAGUUCUUCAAGAAGCAUUUGGCCCAAUUUCUACAGUUUCGGUUGUCACGAUGCAGGCCAUUUCCGGGGCGGGUUAUCCUGGCGUACCGUCCAUCGAUGCCAUUGACAACAUCAUCCCAUAUAUCGAAGGGGAAGAGGACAAGCUGCAAUCCGAGGCCAGAAAAAUUCUAGGGUCCAUGAAUGCCGAUAAGACGGGCUUUAUUGAACAAAACUUGGCAGUCUCGGCAAGCUGCAAUCGAGUUCCAGUGAUCGACGGCCACAUGGUGUGCGUGAGCCUCAGCUUCAGCAAACGCCCACCGCCCAGCGUUGCCGAGGUCAAAGAAGUACUGAGAUCUUCAGUCUCGGAUGCACAGAAGUUGGGAUGUUGGUCUGCCCCAAAGCCGCCUUUCCAGAUCUUUGAGGAGCAGGACCGGCCACAACCACGACUUGAUCGCAAUCUACAGGGAGGGUACACUAUCAGCAUUGGGCGGAUUCGAGCCGAUGAUGCUGGCAUAUUUGAUCUCAAAUUUGUGGCCCUGAGCCAUAAUACUGUUCUGGGUGCUGCCGGGUCGUCCAUUCUGAAUGCGGAGGCAGCUAUUCUGAAAGGCUUUGUUUAG